AUGGCAGAGUUCAACAAUGAUGUAGGAUUUACCGUUGACUUGGUCGGUCCCGCUGAUCUCGAGCUGAGCUUUGCUUGGGAGGUCGAUAUAAGGCUCACUGCCACCCAGCUUGAGGGAUCACAGAUGGUGAAGCUUGGACAUUCCGCUCACACUGCGGUUGGUGGUCGGCUUCCACCGGGACCGGAUGAGCCGCCUGUAGAGCCUGGAGUCUGGAACGUUGACCCCAGCCCACUGGCUGCAUUACUGUCAUUGUGCGCCCUCACCAUGGAGAGCGAACCCAACAGUUCACACGUCUCUUAUCGUUUCCGGACUCUGGGCUGUGGCUGGGAUGUUCCCGUUCCAGCCCGUUGCGUCGACCCUGGUAUAGAAGUUGACUCAGAGGAACUGCGGAGGUGGUUGAGCGAGCAAAGAAAAGCCCGCAGCAAUGCUGACACCCCAGAAGGGCGACAAGUGAGAGUAUCGACUCCGAAUGAUAUAAGUGAGUCGUCAAUUGAUGGCAGGAACAUCAGUACCAUUGAUGAGCGAGAUAGAGUGUCACCAAGCUCGGAUAUUGUAACUGAAGGUUUUGGACGUUAUAUCCGCCACCGAAUGGAGCUACAGAACGGUCCUGGCAGCGUCCGAGUCGUUGAUUUCUACAAGAUUUGGAUUGAGAGGGAGACGCCCUCCAAAACCAUCCCCGAUAUUGAGAAUCUGGACGAUCGGGACGAUCUCUGGAGGGCGCCGGCUUUUGGUCGUAAUCGUAGACCCCUAACCAAAGAGUAUAAGUAUAUGUUUGGAGCACCCUUCGCCAUGUAUUCAAGAUACGAGGCAUUGCAGCAAAAGGAUAACCAAGGAGAGGUUAGAAUUCAGGCCCUGAGGGCAAGCAGCCUCAGCUUCGCGCCGGACGGGUCAGCGGUACACGGUGCAUCCCAGGAAUCUCUCGACCAACAUCGCCCUUCCACUCGAGUGUCGACGCUCUUGUCAUACAUGUUCUCACCAGAUGGAACAGCGAAUCAAAUUCAAUAAAUUCAUUUUCUUCAUUUGUAAAAUCAGGAUAUUGGUAACUUCAAUAUCAUUGAUGUCCUUCAGCAUAAACAACUAAUGAAGGAUCCAUAACUUCAUCC